AUGGAAUCGCUUUCGAGCGUCGAAAAGUACUUCUACCACCGAAGUAAAUUAGGUUAUCACUCAUGUUUUUUUCUGGCCGUCAAACUCUACAAAGCGCCUGAAGACGGCGAGAUAUGUAACGCACUGAAACAAACUAUUUCGAAACAUCCACAACUGUACUCCAAUGUCUCCAAUGAAAAUGGGUCUCUGGCACUAAAUCCUUUAAAACAACCGAUACACUUUAAAGAUGUCAUGAAGGGCCUCGCCGAGGAAUCUUUAAGCGAGGAUGUUGUCAACCGCAUUUUCCAAGACAUUAACUUUGAUUACGGAGUCGAGAAACCGCUUUGGACAAUUUUGGUGCUCAAGGAUCGUCGUACAUUCAUUUUUUGCACAGACCAUGUCAUCAUGGAUGGCUUAUCAGCCGUUGCCUUUUGGAAAUCUUUUAUGUCGUCUCUGAACUCAUCACAACCGCUAGAAAUCAGUGAUGACGUAGUCUAUAAGCCGAACGCACAAAACCCCAGGGUUCCACAGCACCCAUAUGAUAGGCUUCCAUUCUCUCUUCUAGGAUUUGUACUGCGCAUUUUCGUCCAAUUUCUGAUCCUUUUGACAUUUGUUAAAGUGAAUCUCAUCGGAACGAUAUUCGCGCCAAGCUUAAAAGACAAGGACUUUAAGUUCAAAGACUAUCAAUUUCCUCAGGGACUUUUAACAGAUCAAGGUGCUAUUCGUAAUGAUAACAACCAGGUAAACCUUCAUGUAUCUCCCUCAAAGCUGCGCACGCUCUUACAGAAUUGCAAGAAGCAUAAAUUGUCACUCACGGCAUUAUUGCCCGCCAUAAUUGCACACUCCUUGACCAGUGUGCCAGACUCCAAAAUUGAAGGGUCACAUAUGAGAAUAAACGUGCCCAUGAACACGAGAACCAUGAUCGAGAGAAUUAUGGCAAUUGAUUCAAAGUUUACACAAUGUGGCAAUUUUGUCAAAGGCGGCGAAUUAACGUGUGAUCGGUCACAAUUGGGUCAGCUAUGGCAAACGGCAGCAAAAUUUGGCACUCAACUGGCGGCACAGAGAUAUGAUCAUAGUUCACUACAGCUUCUUAGACUUCUUGACUUGAUAGAUGUGGAAGAAUAUAUUAAGACAAAAAUCGGGGCUAAGUAUCCCAGCUCUACAUUUGAAGUUACAAAUCUUGGGUACGAAUCAUUUUCCUGCGGAGAAGAUGACGCAUAUAUUGUUGAAGAUGCCUAUUUUAAUGAACCACAAGGAUUGAGCGACAUUUUCACUUGUUCUAUGGUAGCGACACCCUUUGGGGGGCUAAAUUGUUGGUUCAGUUAUCCAAAAACUCUUUCAGAAGAUCUGGGGAUUGUGAUAUAUUCAAUACAAACAACGCUAAAGGCGCUAUCCGAGUCGCCAUCGUCAUAA